AUGGCACCAAUUCCGUUGAUUGAUGUACUCGCCCGCGACAUCGAGGUCAGCGAUUCAACACCACUACUACAACAUCUACAAACUCGCGACCUACCUCCCCAAGAAUUCGUUGGGACACUCAUCGCCCUCUUCGUACUGGCAUCACUCGUCUUCGUCGCUUUCACCCUGGUGGUCGGCAAGGUCUGGUCACUUAUCAUCCAACGAUAUGGCCGGGGUGAAUCUGCACGAAGUAAGCAAAGUGACUUGGCCGCUCAAAACAACAUCGUCAUUUGGUCGACACAUAUGGGAGAUGAUGACCUCAGAUCCCACUUCGCCGCGCCAUCAAGGCUGUCGAGAUUAUUCUCCAUCGGCUCCUUGUCCAGUGAAUAUGGACGUUGCCCACUCGAUCAAAGCGUCUCUCCGGCCACAGGCGACCACAGUCCCGCACAACUCGUCGAUGAGAAAAAGACUGAAAAGGGAAUUGUUGAGGUUGUUGAAAUACCCGAGCCCGACGACCUGAACUCCGAGAAGACCGCAACUGAAAAGAUGUCUCUGACGAAGGCCAAAGCGAGAUCGGCCAGAAAGUCUUACCGUCUGAGAUGUGCAAAGUCGCUUGAAAAUAUACGGAGAGUCAGCAUAUCUCUCAAAGAACUGGUUGCUCGAAAGGACAGCAUGCCAGUGUAUUAUAAGAGGCUGUAUGAUGAGGAGGACUAG